GCAAUCGUCAGUCCAGUGCUCAUCCGAAGUGCUGGGCUUGAGAGUGAGUGAUGACUGUAACAGGGGCAGCUGAAGCUUAGCUGUGUGGCUCACAGAAAAAGGUAUACAUUGUAUUUCUCUGCUUUGGUAGCAGGUGCAGGCUCUUUACUGAAGGGAGAGUUGCCUAAAAGGAAAAGAAGAGAUAUUUUGAGUGGAUUUUAUUCUGGUUUUUCUGACUGCUACACUAUAUAUUAUCAUUAAGACCUGGAGGCAUGGGGGACACUGGCACCUUUGACUUUUAUCUUGCUGUUUCCUAUUUCUGAAAUCUUAGAUGCAUCCUUAGUUUUAAAAUAUUUUUGGGGUGUGACUAUUUUUGGUCUCAGCUGAUUAUCUCAAGCUAAAUAUACACUGUAUUGUUGUGGACUUGACAGUGUUCUAGGGGCACCUUUGGACCCCAACUUGCAACCAACAUUGACUAACUUGGCUAUAGCAGUGAGAGGACAAUGCCUGGAUUAUCCUAUAAUAAGCGACUCUAUAACUUGCCUGUUGGAAGCUGCAAAUGAAUCAGGGACUGGAGGCUGUCGGUUAGCUGCUGGCUGCAUUCCACCAGUUUGUCUGAAGACUGUAAACAUCUUGACAACCUUCACUAGCUGGUAGGAUACACGCACAACGAAAGAGACAACAGGAUCACCCUUCACACUCUGGGUCAGGAGGGAUUAGUUGAAGAAUGCUGGUCCCAGGUGCCCAACAGGAAGAUGGUGAUGCGUUGGCCAAGAGCCACAGCUGUUAGAUGGUUGCUGUUGAUGCUCGUAUGGCAGUGGACAGUGCUGGGCCACCUCGGCUGGGUUCUGGCCCUGGCUGAGGGGCAGCAGAGUAACAACCCCUCGCUCACUGCUGCCAGCACCGGACACCAGAGUGGCGACCAAUUGGAUUGGCUGCUGUCUGAGAAGGGACCUUUCCACCGUUGUCCGGAAUACACAGAGUUCAAAGAACGCUUCCAGCAAGGCUUCUCCACACGCUAUAAGAUCUACAGGGAAUUCAGCCAUUGGAAAGUAAACAGCUUGGCCACAGAGAAGAGGGACGUUUUUAAGGCCCCCUUGCCACUGGCGCCGGAGUUUCUACGCAACCUGAGGCUGCUGGGUCGAAGGCCAAGUCUGCAGCAGAUCCACGAGAACUUGAUCAAGAAAUAUGGGACACACUUUCUGGUGUCUGCUACGCUAGGAGGAGAAGAAUCGUUGACAAUCUUCCUGGAUAAGCAGAAGCUCAGUAAGAAAUCGGAGGGGCAGGGAAACAGCUCAGUGGUCUCCCUGGAAGUACUGCAUCAGUUGGCUGCUUCUUAUUUCACAGACCGCGAGAGCACCUUAAGAAGACUUCACCACCUACAGAUAGCCACCUCCGCCAUAAAGGUAACAGAAACUAGGACUGGGCCACUUGGAUGCAGUAACUAUGACAGCCUUGAUUCUGUUAGCUCUGUCUUGGUACACAGUCCUGAAAAUAAAAUACAUCUAAAAGGUUUACAGGAUGUCCUUCCAGAAUUCCUCCGGAACCGUUUUGUGGAGGCUGCUCUCAGCUACGUGGCAUGCAACACUGAGGGGGAGCUUUUGUGUCGUAACAAUGACUGCUGGUGCCGCUGCUCUGCCAACUUCCCUGAUUGUAACUGCCCCUUGGCUGAUAUCAAAGUCAUGGAGGAAAAUCUGCACAAAAGCAAGGAAUCCUGGACCAACUUCAACACUGAAUUUAUGGAAUCAGAUGAAUUCAAGGCCUUCAUGAAAAAACUACCAACGGACCGUUUUUUAAACACAUCCACGGUAUUCAAGUUUUGGGCAACAGAUGCAGCUCUCCAGAAGCGCUACAGCCAAUUGGAGAUCAGCACCAAUUUGGUUCUUGGGAAAGCCCAGAAGAUUGUGAGGAAACUCUUCACUCUGAGCAAGCGCUGUCCCAAACUGCCAAGGAUCAGCCUCUCUAGAGAAAGGACACCAGGAUUUUGGCUGAGCAGGGCCCAGUCACUCCUGUACUGCAACGAGCAUGGAAUCCUGGGCACGUUUUCAGAGGAGAUGCAGAGCUGCACCUGCACUGCAGAGCACAGUAGCGCCUGCCAGGGGACAGUGCCCUGUGAGGUCGGAGAGGGGUCAACUUGCCUCUCAUGUGCCCCGGACAACAUCACCCGCUGUGGCUCCUGCCACCCUGGCAACAUCCUGCACCUGGGCUCGUGUCGGCCCAACAUAGCAAACUCUCUGGACCACUACCUGAACAUUGACUUUGACAUGCCGGACACAGAGGUCAAGUAUCUGCUCCAGCAGCUGGACAGUCACAUGGAGGUCCAUGCCAUCUACAUCAGCAAUGAUGUGCGUCUGGGCAGCUGGUUCAACCCGGCCUGGAGGAAACGCAUGCUCCUCACUCUAAAGAGCAACAAAAACAAAUCCAACCUCAUUCAUAUGCUAAUGGGAAUCUCAUUCCAGAUCUGCUCCACUAAAAACAGUACCCUGGAGCCUGUGCCUGCUAUCUAUGUCAACCCAUUUGGGGGCAGCCAUUCGGAGAGUUGGUUCAUGCCUGUCAACCAGCAGGACUUCCCAGACUGGGAGAGAACUAAAUUGGAUGCCUCUCUGCAGUGCUACAACUGGACGCUGAUGCUGGGCAACAAGUGGAAGUCCUUCUUCGAGACGGUGCACAUUUACCUGCGCAGCCGCAUCCUGACCGACGACCCCACUGUCAACGAGACCCUUUUCUACGAGCCCCUGGACCUGGACGACCACACGUCCAACCUGGGCUACAUGAAGAUCAACAGUCUCAAGGUGUUUGGCUACAGCAUGCACUUUGACCCAGAGGGCAUCAAAGACCUGAUUAUGCAGCUGGACUACCCGUACACGCAAGGAACCCAGGACGCAGCCUUUCAUAUGCUGCUGGAGAUGAGAGACCGCAUCAACCGGCUCUCCCCGCCCGGAGUGCAGGCAUUGGACAUCUUUUCAUGUCUGCUCCGACACAGGCUCAAGCUCUCCACCAGCGAGGUGGUGCGCAUCCGAGACUCCCUCCAGAUUUUCAACUCCAAGCUGCCCAAUUCCUCUGAGGCAGAACUGGGCCAGUUAUGCAGCUAGCUCAGUCUAAAUUAGGGUCCAGAGAGUGCUGUGCUGCUGGUUACUCUUCAGUCAUCCGCCAAUUUAUCCAUCUGGUUUGGAAAACAUGUACAUAUAUUUCUGAGAUGUCUAGAACAUUCCUAUACACUUUGCUGAAAGACUGCGGCGUGUGUUGAAUCUGUUGAAUGUGGAGUGAUGUCAUGACAACAGAUAGAGUUUUUAAUAUAGAAAGCAAGGAACUCAGAUGAGUUUUCAAAAGGAUCACAAUGGCUGUUCAUCUGUUGGCAUGAAGUUGAGGAAACGGAACAGGAUUUCCCUUUCUAACUUUUUUUAUUUGGUUACAGAACAAUUUAAUUUAAAAGGGAAAAUAUGAUGUGCUGAAUGAGUUGUUGAUUAUGCUUAACGGUUUAUUUUGAUAAUCCUUCACAUUUGUUUAUCCUUGUCUUUACAUUUUAUCUUUCGUUCAAAACCAUACAAGAUAUGUAUUUGUGCUUAUGACUGAAUCGUUCUAUUCAGCAACAUUACUUUACCAAAAGAAGGUGAACAUUGUGGCAAACUGAGUGGCAUAAAUGUCUUAAAUGUUGAGUUGAGUUUUUCAGCGGACUUCAAAAUGAAUUCUUCUGACAAGGUUACUAAAGGUCUGUGUAUACAGCUCUGUAAAUAUUGCUCCAUCUAUGUGGAAAGUGCACAUACCUUUUAUUUGAUAACCAAGUGCACACACCUUUUAUUUGAUAACCAAGUGCAAACACCCCAAAAAUAUUUGUAAAAAAAAAAAAAAUCAUGCCUUAUAAUGGAGAGUCAAUAUUCAGAUAAAAAGCACAUUUAGUUCAGUUUAAUUUCCUAGCUAGAUGUUUUGAAUAUAUUUUGCAGACAUAACACCUUUUUUGGAAUAGGCUAACUGUAUUUGCAUUCUAAUGAGUACACUGUAUUGUGGAUCUUACCUGUAAAUGCCAGUCACAAUUCCAGUUAAACAUAUUGCAGAAUUGUAUUAUUUUUUAAACUAGUUCUUUAACUCAAAUGUUUAUUAAUGGUAUUCACGGUAGGCCUAGAUUGGAACUCAAAUUAACAUGAGCUGAUAAACUGGAGACCAUGCAUUUCUCUUAGUAUAGUAUAUUCCAACUGGAUAUGUUUCAAAUCUUUUACACGGAUUGUGAUGGUUCAACAAUUGACCAUACUGCUAUAUCUAUGUCAUAUGAUAAAAUACUAUUUGACCUUUCAUUAUUUACAAAACCUACAUCUUGAGUGAAAAAUUGCUGUCAUAAAUCUACUGCUGGAAUAGCUGUGUUUCUAGGAUUUAUCAAUUGUACCAUUGGACAAUAGGAACAUUUGGUCUCGACAAAGAACACAUAUUUAAAUGUCCCUCUUCGCUGUACGAAUCCUCUUUGUUACCAUGAAAUGGAAUUACACUGGGUGCUUCCUGAUAAGAUGAAUGUUCUCUAAUAUAUGAAGUGCAGCAUUUGCAAGUUAAAACUCAUUUCCAAGGUUGUCACAGUGCACGGGAACCAAACACACAUUGUCACAUUGCAUCAAACUCACUGUGCUUCUGAACAACCUGGGAAAAACAUCAAACUAUUUUAAUGAGAUGGGAGUCACAAACACAGAGUUUGUAAAUAAAAGUUAUUUAUCUUGAUCUCAUCUAGAAAUCAUCACUUGCCCUUCAGCUAAUCGUCAGGACAGUGAAGGACACCCAAUCAAUCAAGGAGGGUCUAUUAUGCUGUGUAAACAUUUCAAACAUUCCCACAAGAAAAUGAGGGAAAUGGGGUUGGCAAUUUUUCUCCAAUGAUUUAUUAUGUUUUGAGAGUCCAAUAAUUUAAUUUAUGUUGUGGUAUUGGUCAAAUAAAAUGUGGUCCUUGUACUUAU